AUGGUGGGGUUUGGUGCGAAUCGACGUGGAGGCCGCCUCCCGUCCUUCAUUUUGAUCGUUUUGAUGGUGAUCAUCGCCAUACUGUCUUUCAACUAUUGGACAGUGUCUAAUAAACACGGGCAUCUGCUGGAUGAGCUGUUGGAGGUACAGACACAGGUGAAGCGCACAGAUGCUGCGCGCAGUCGCCUGGAAAAGCGCAACUCUGAGCUCAUGGUGCAGGUGGACACUCACAGGAAGCAGAUCGAGCAGAAGGACACGGACUUCAGCGUCCUGGAGGCGAAGAUCACAGCGCGAGAAUCUAUCAUCAAGAAGUGCUCAGAGGAAAAGGUUAAGUUGCAAGGAGACGUCACAGCUCAAAUGACUGAGAUCGUGAGACUCAAAGAGCAGCUAAAAGAACUGAAGCAGGAGUUUAUGAAGCAAGAAGACCAGCUCAAGGAAGUGAAGAAAAACAGCACUACGUUGGAGAGAAAGCUGGAGUAUGAGAGUUUACAGUGCGGCCGUCAAAUUGCGCAGCUUAAAGAGGAAUAUGAAGAAACAAAAAAGGCUUUGGAAGUUGAAGCAUCAAAGUUAAGACAGAAUGUAAAAGACACUGAAAAAGGUGUGAUUGGUAAAGAAGGAGCUGAGGUGGUAGCAGAACGCCAUCCUGUGACCACGCAUCAGCAUGGAGCCGCAGAGUUAAAAGAUGAAAUGGGCAAACUGGGCAGUGACGCUGGCAUGCCUGGCAUUGAAGACAGUGAAGUCGGAAAAAUUGAAGAAAACGUACAAUUCGCUCUGAAGAAGCCUGCGAUCACUCAGAAGCAGAGCGAGGCCCUGGAGGUGGCUGCUGUCGGGGCUGGGGUGGGAGCGGCGGAUGGUCCCGGAGCCCAGGGCCUGUCUCUGGAUCAGCCCAAACUGCAGGAGGCCCACGCACCGGUCCUGAUGGUGAAGGGCGUCGGUAACCAGAACAAACCUAUCGUGUUUGAGGAGGACAGUAAAGCUGCGAUAAAGGCCGAUGAACUGGGAGAGCAGCAGCGGCAGAUUCAAGCUCCUGAUCGUAUCCCUGGAAAUAUCGAACAUCAGAAGCCUGUUCCUCUUCCUGCUAACCCCGCCCAGCUGCCCAACCCCAUCCAGGCCCAUCGCCCCAAAGACCAGGCCGGACCCGUACACCACAGGCAAAGCCGGUUCUUUGAUGAGAACGAGUCCCCAGUAGAUCCGCAGCACGGCUCUAAGCUGGCGGACUACAAUGGGGACGACGGCAACGUGGGUGAGUAUGAGGCAGACAAGCAGGCCGAGCUGGCCUACAAUGAGGAAGAGGAUGGUGAUGGUGGGGAGGAAGACGUCCAAGAUGAUGAGGACCGAGACAUGCAAGGAGAGCGAGCUGUGGAUUAUGGAAAAAGACAUCAGCCUAUUGAUAUCUUUGUUGUGAAGACACGGCCCUUGAGUGGAUCCACGGCGAAAGUCAGGGCACAUCAGAAACAAACAACCCCUUUACUGAGAUGUUUUCUCUGCGCUGAGCUGCCAUCUCCGGAGACUGCGGAUCACUGUAAUAUUUACAUGUGA